CUGCGGCCUCGGUAAAUGUCGAGUCGGGGUUAGUGGGGUGAGUGCAUCGCGGGUGUGCCGUCGGACGAGGAAUGCUGGCCGAAAUCGCGAGUUCUGGGAAGCCGUUUUGACAGGUGUUCCAAGAUGAUUGGGGGCCUGUUCAUUUAUAACCACAAGGGAGAGGUUCUCAUCUCCCGUGUCUACAGAGAUGACAUAGGGCGCAAUGCGGUGGAUGCGUUCCGGGUGAAUGUGAUCCACGCCCGGCAGCAGGUGCGCAGCCCUGUGACGAACAUAGCGCGCACCUCCUUCUUCCACAUGAAGCGGGCUAACAUCUGGCUGGCUGCAGUGACGCGGCAGAACGUCAAUGCGGCCAUGGUGUUCGAGUUCCUGCUCAAGAUGUGCGAGGUGAUGCAGUCCUACUUCGGAAAGAUCAGCGAGGAGAACGUCAAGAACAACUUUGUGCUCAUCUACGAGCUGCUCGAUGAGCUGCUAGACUUUGGCUACCCACAGAACACAGACACCGGCAUCCUCAAGACUUUCAUCACCCAACAGGGGGUCAAGUCGCAGACCAAGGAAGAGCAGAGUCAGAUCACUUCACAGGUAACGGGCCAGAUCGGCUGGAGGCGCGAAGGCAUCAAAUAUCGCCGCAACGAGCUGUUUCUGGAUGUCCUGGAGUACGUAAACCUUCUUAUGUCUCCCCAAGGCCAGGUGCUUAGCGCACACGUGGCAGGGAAGGUCGUAAUGAAGUCUUACCUCUCGGGCAUGCCCGAGUGCAAAUUUGGCAUCAAUGACAAGAUCACCAUGGAGAGCAAGGGCAAGGUGUCCACACUUGACGACCCAACCCGCAGCACAGGGAAGACAUCAAUAGCGAUAGAUGACUGCCAGUUCCACCAGUGCGUGAAACUGAGCAAAUUUGAGAGUGAACACAGCAUCAGCUUCAUUCCUCCAGACGGGGAGUUCGAACUCAUGAGGUACCGCAUCACCAAGGACAUCAGCUUCCCGUUCCGCAUCAUCCCACUGGUGCGUGAAGUGGGCCGCACGAAGAUGGAAGUCAAGGUGGUGCUCAAGUCCAACUUUAAGCCAUCUCUCAUAGGGCAGAAGAUCGAGGUGCGAAUCCCAACACCACUGAACACAAGUGGAGUGCAGCUAAUCUGCAUGAAGGGCAAGGCUAAGUACAAGGCCAGCGAAAAUGCCAUCGUCUGGAAGAUCAAACGCAUGGCUGGCAUGAAGGAAACCCAGCUGAGCGCAGAGAUUGAGCUCCUGCAAACAGACGCCAAGAAAAAGUGGAACCGGCCACCAAUCUCCAUGAACUUUGAGGUCCCCUUUGCGCCAUCUGGGCUGAAGGUUCGUUAUCUGAAGGUGUUCGAGUCCAAGCUGAACUACAGUGACCACGACGUGAUCAAAUGGGUGCGCUACAUCGGACGCAGUGGCUUGUACGAAACCCGCUGCUGAUGACGGGGACGCCUGCAGGGAGGGCACCGCCUGUCCGCUGCCUCCGCUCUUCCCUCACAAGCUCCUUCCUCCCACGUGUCCCACCAAGGGCAGCGAGUGUUGCUUGCAUGUUAGGCGCCCCAGCUGUGUAUAAAAGUGUUGCUGCGAAGAUUUGUUCUCGCGCCUGCCUGGCGGUUCGUUCACUGUGUUACUGGCCCGGCUGUUUCUUGAAGGGGAGGGUGGGCCCCGGAAGUGGCGGCUCUAUGUGCCGGAGCAGGCGCCUUGUCAAGGCGCACCUAGUGCAGCCCCCGCCCUUCUGGUGCCAACUGUGCACAGAGCUGCUUCACCGCCCGGCCUGUUGCGUUUGUCCUCCCCCGGUGUUUUUGCCUGCAUGUCGCAUAAUAAAGGUUUCCCCAAAGAUA